UCCCGAGUGCGCAUCUAAACAUGAUCUAAACAGAACGUAUGAUCUUCGUUAUUAUUAUAACGUAAUAAAAAAACUACCGAAAUGUCAAGAGACCAGUAUCAUGCAUAUUCGGUCCGAUGUGAUACAGUUUAGACGAAAAAUUAUAUUUCACUGAACGGUAUCAUCAUCGCAUCGUCCGCGAAAGAAUGGAACUUGCGCGAAAUCUUCUCACUUGCAAUUUGAAACGCUACAUACUGAAAGCACCGAAAAAAUUUUGUUUGCAGCAUGUGCGGAACAUCAGAUUGGCAGAAGUGGGAAAAUUAGAAACUCCUAAAUUACAAGGGAAAUAUGAGACUGGCCAAUUGAUUUUGCACAGAGUGUUUGGUUAUCGUGGCGUAAUAUUAUUUCCAUGGACAGCAAGGGUUUACGACAGAGAUAUUCCCAACAAAAAAGAGGAAACCUCCGGUGAUCAUUAUAAUAGCGUGGGAAAAGAAGUGAAGGGUAGAACGCAUACAUUUUAUCAAGUGUUGAUCGACCAGAGGGAUUACCCUUACAUACGUGCUCAAACGGAAGCAGUGACGUUCCUAAGUAAUCACGAGAGCAGUCGUAGCUUGUAUACGGUACCAGGACUAGAUUACGUCGCUCACGAAGAUGUUUUACCUUACACGACGAAUGAGAAGACCGCGCUUCAACACGAAUUGUUCGAUAAAUUCUUAGCGUACAAUCCGAAUCGAGAUCCAUGCUUCAUCGCGCAAGAGACACUCAGGGCGUGGCAAAAGAGGAAUCACCCUUGGUUGGAGUUGUCGGACGUACAUAAGGAAACUACAGAGAACGUUCGUGUUACCGUUAUACCAUUUUACAUGGGUUACAGAGGAAAUCAGGCUACUGCCGCGCAUUGGUGGCGUUAUUGCAUCCGUCUCGAGAAUCUGGGCGAUUUGAGCGUGCAAUUACGCGAAAGGCACUGGAGAAUAUUCAGUCUUUCUGGUACGUUGGAGACCGUUCGAGGAAGAGGCGUGGUCGGUCAGGAGCCUGUGUUAUCGAAAACGUUACCGGCUUUCCAGUACAGUAGCCACGUGAGUUUACAAGCUGCGAGCGGCCAUAUGUGGGGCACGUUUAGAAUGGAAAGAGAAGAUGGAUACGCGUUCGAUUGUAGAAUACCACCGUUUUCGUUGGAGUCAAAAGUAGAAGAACCUCCUACACCGAAUAUCAGCUCAUGAUCAUCGACCGAUAGUGAUUGACGCGUGAAUCGAUUACACAUUAUUUUGAUGUACUAAAAAUUGAACAAUGUGAACGUGGGUGUAACGCGUGCGGCUUGGCUCACGGUCUCUUCGUAUCGUGACGUAAUUUACAUUGGCUGUACCACUCGAUCAUAAAUAUUAUGAGUAGAAUAUAAGCUGUGUAGUGUUUUGUACGUAGUAAAUUUACGUAGGGAACGUCUUUUUCAUACUGACUAACGUAUACUAGUAUUUUAUUCGUGCUAAAUAACGGUCAUAGGCAUACGAAUAAAAUGUAAUUGUAAAUAAUAAAUAAUCUCCUACCUGUUGUGUAA